AUGAGGUUCAUUACUACCUUCGAGAACAACAAUGGCUCAUUCCAGCUUGACAUCGUCGGUUUCCUUGCCAUCCUCGGAGAAGGUUCCGUCGAGACUGUUUCUCAAGUCCUCACUUUGAGUUACCUGAUCUACCUGCCUCGUCUCCUCCCCGCGCCUCAGAUAUUCAUUAGACCGUCGAGACCGGAAAAGCUCGAGACCACCUCGGGAGCAAAAGUGAUUGGAGUCCAUUCGGGCAACACUGGCGAAGAUAUACACCAUGUGGCCCAUGCGUUGCACCGUGGAGACAAGCUCGUCCCGAACACGGUGACAUGUGUGAGAGUCAGAGAGAAUGAACGGCCUCGACCGUCCAUCAAGCGCUUUGGACCGUUGGCUAUGCUGGCCUUCGUCGGCUUCGGGAUGAGUGUUGCGCUCCUGGCCUUGUCCAUAUACUACAAGGAUGGGAUGUCGCUGCUGGCUACUGCACUGCUGUCCUCACUGAGCAGCAUCACCGGUAUAGCUAAUAAAUGGUCACCGACGCCGAACGAUCCGAAGCCUGAUCCUCACUCCCCCCCCGGCGACGUGGUGAUCAAAUAUCCUCAAGGGGCGUUCAUUGUGGUGAGCUGUGAGGAAAGGACGGCGCGAUAUCUGUAUUUCAACCCGAGCGAGCGAUGCAUCUAUGCGGUGACGAGCACGGCUAUGUACCGAGGACUGUCUCUGAUCUCGACACUGUUGUUGAUGGGCGGUGUCAUCUCGCUGGCCAAUGCCCGGAUCGAGACCCAGACGGCGUUUGCGGGAGCGUACAUGCUCAUCAACAUCUUCUACUGGAUCGGUGCCGCUCUGCCUCCCGCCCAGCAUUGGGACCUUUCUCGGCUCGAGGUUGAACAUAUCGAGGUCCAUGGCGGUACGCCACCGCGGACGGCGAAGAUGGACAACUACUCUCCUACGUAUACCGAAGCCUUGUGGAAGGCGAUUGCAGUCACCGGCACGAGCAACUGGGUAAAGGAGGCAGGAUGGGCUCCUAGAACCCCGGCAUGGAACGACUGGCUGAACGAAGCAGAGGAAGCGGCGCUGGGUGAGCCGCUCAAGUCGAGCACGAAGACGAUCAACGGAAAGGUGGUCGAGGUGUGGACGAUCCGCAACUGGGACAGCCGGAAUGCUCUCUCGACCUUGCUUCGAACCACCACAGACAAAAUCGGACCACGAUCUCCCAAAUGA